GAGCACCACGCUGAUGUGGAUUCUUCCUCCCAGGAAAGUGAGGCCCCCAAAGGCGGUUUAACUGACUCGACUUCCGGCCCACAAACGGGAGGUGACUCGGCACAAAGCGACGCUAACGGUGCUACGGCGCAACCGAAUGCAGGAAAAGACAGUGAACAAGAGGGAGGUUCUGAACGUCAAGCGAAGACGGAGGACGACAGCAGCAGGUCAACAAGCCUUGCGCAGUCCGUUGCUGGCGCCCCACAAGCUUCCGCGCGUAAUGUCACCGCCAAGGGCAACGCCAGUGGGAACAUUGUGGCCAAUUCUUCGGACGGCAGUGAGGCCAUCACCACGCCGUUUGUGCGCACAACUUUACUGCUGUUGCCGCUGCUCAUGGCUGCCGUUGCCUGCGCUGCUGGGCAGUGGUGA